GCAGUCAUCAUCGAGACUGUCUUGUCUGUGACUCUUUCUCUUCGCCGUCCAAGUGCGCAACCCGCUAUUGUAAAAAAAGAGCGUCGACAGCCUAUCCCUAGCAAUUUUCCAGAUUUAUCAUAUCUUGGCGUGUCCAUGACCCACGUAGGAACCGAAGCCCAACAACCAACUUCAUUAGAUACUACCUCCCAUCAAAAUCAAAUGGAAGCUGUUUUUGGCGAAUCUUAUCCUUUUACGUCAAAUGACCAAGAAAGAGACCAAGCAACCACCCAAGCUGAACUCGUUGCUGCUGCGGUUGCUGCUGCUGCUAACAGCACAAAUGGCACAAGCAACUACCAUACGUUAGUAGCCUCCGCUGACUCAAGCAACGACAACGUCAUCGCUACUGCGACCGCUCAGAAAAUGGAAGAUGUCACUCAUACCACAGAAUUGGUUAAACGAGAGCUGGCAAACCAAAAGGUUAGAGCUGAAAACAGAGAGCGCAAAAAGAGAUGGAGAGAACAAAACGAAGACAGAAACAAGGAUAACGAUUUGCGAUGCCGCGUAAAUAAGAGAGCAAACCGGUUAUUCGGAAAGGCAGAAAGUGCGAACAAAAAUCAGUGGAUACAAGCUGAAUUUGCAAAGCGACAGCGAAAAAGACAAGAGAAGGAGCGUCGGAAAACAGCUGUCAAUGGUGCUAUUGGCGCAGGCACAUCUGCAUCAAGCGUGAAUUCGUCAAACGAUUAUCAAUCACCAAAUUCCAUGGCUUCAUUUACUCCAGCUCAACUUGAGGCAUUACAGCAACAAGGCUCAGAGCUUUUCGCCAUGGUUAGCAACAAUCUCCCGCCUCUGUCACCCACUACGGCUGCUAAGUUGCUACAAUCCAACCUUGCCGUUGUCCUUAGUAAGGCCGACAAGAACGACCCAAAUGCAACAGCUGCUGCUGCCGCUGCUGUCUUGCAAAGUCCUCAUUUCUUGCAAUUAAAUCAGCUCUUAUCACAGCAAUCCGCUGAGGCUGCUCAAUAUACCUCGGAUAUCCCCACUUCAAAUGCUGACACCAAGCCCGAAACCAUGGACUAUAAACUUUCGCUUGAUCAGAUUGAUAAUAGCAGUAAUGCGGAAGGUUCAAGUGAUGGCAAAGGAGGAAGCUCCAUCAAUGACCAAGAAGGUAAAUCAUCUGCAGAGCAGACAGAAACCGGCAAGUCAGCUAACGGUCAAGGUGGAGACUACCCUAUGGACGCGGUCAUGACUCUGAUGCAACUGAACGCCGGCUGGCGGCAGUAAACAGAGAAACAGAAGUCCAACCAUAUUGUGAAAGGACGGGAUGCCUUUACGAUGUACAGCUUCAAAAAAAAAAAAUUCUUGCUUGAUGUUCUCAAAGUUUUUCUUUUAUUCCUGGCCCGUUUGUCUUUUACAAAUUAUGUUAUUCUAAAUCAAGCUUAAAUACUCGUAUGCCGAAAAGAUAUUUGUGUGUGCUGUUUUGGUUAUUUUUUUGACUCUAUUCAGUGAAUCAAUCCACCUUUGAAAAGCUAUACUGUCAUU